AUGGCGCCUAAGAAAGCUGCAAAGCCAGCAAAGGGCGGGAAGAAGGUCAAGGCCAAGAAGGACCCAGACGCCCCUAAGCGGGGGACUCCCGCGUACAUCUUCUUCAUGAAAGACAAGAGGGAGGAGAUCUGUAAGAAGAACCCCAACGUCAAGUCAGCGACGGAAAUCGCGGCCCUUGUUGGGGAGGAGUGGAAAAAGCUGAGCCCUUCGCAAAAGGCGCCCUAUGAGAAGAAGGCCGAGGCGGACAAGCUGCGCUACCAGAGGGAGGUUGCGGCGUACAAGAAGAAGAAGGCUGGCCAGUGA